UUCUCGUCGGUCUCUCCUUGUUAUUUUUCUUUCUUCUCUUUCUCUCUUCUCUUCUCUUCUCUCUCUAUCGCGUUUUCCCUUCCAUUCCUUCUUUUAUCUUCGUUUCUUGCUGCUUCUCGAAGCGUUCCCUUCCCUUCUUCCCCUUCCUCCCCUGCCCGCGUUUGCCGGGGACUUCCAGCUGUCGCGUUUUUCUGUUUGCCUGAAUUCGCACCGGUAAAGGGUCAAUUCGGCUUCACAAUGGCGCUCGAUUUCCUGCAGGACUAUCGUCCGACGAUUGAUCGGCCGUUUGGCAUUCAGCUAUGGCCCAUCUUCGACAAGGCGUUCGAGUAUGUCAUGGGCUAUCCCGCGAGCCAGUUCGAGUUCGUCCGCGGCGAGACCCCCUUCUCGACCAUUGAAUCGACCAGUGUCAUGCUCGUUGCCUACUAUAUCAUUAUCUUCGGAGGUCGCGAAAUCAUGAAGAGCCGUCCGGCGCUCAAGCUCAACACGCUGUUCAUGAUCCACAACCUCUACCUGACCCUGAUCAGCGGAACUUUGUUGGCUUUGUUCAUUGAACAGCUGUUGCCCACGAUCUGGAGAAACGGUGUCUUCUACGCUAUCUGUGAUUACAAUGGUGGUUGGACUCAGCCCCUCAUCAUCAUUUACUAUCUCAACUACCUGACCAAAUACCUCGAAUUGAUCGACACGGUUUUCCUGUUCCUCAAGAAGAAGCCUCUGACCUUCCUCCACACCUACCACCACGGAGCUACCGCCCUUCUGUGCUACACUCAGCUUAUUGGAUUGACUGCGGUGCAAUGGGUCCCCAUCACUAUCAACCUUCUCGUCCACGUCGUGAUGUACUGGUACUACUUCCAGAGUGCUCGUGGCGUCCGCAUCUGGUGGAAGGAAUGGAUCACCCGUCUGCAGAUCCUGCAGUUCGUCAUUGACCUUGGCUUCAUCUACUUCGCUUCCUACACCUACUUCACGAGCACCUACUUCCCCUGGAUGCCCAACGCCGGCCAGUGCGCCGGUGAGGAAUUCGCUGCUUUCGCCGGAAUGAUCAUCAUCACUUCCUACCUCGUCCUGUUCGUCUCGUUCUACAUUGCCACCUACAACAAGACUUCUAAGGCUGGUCGCCCUCGCCGCAACACUGGCCGACAGUCUCUGAUUGACAUGAGGAACGCUGAGAUCCCCGCUGUCGGUGAUAAGAACGCGACGACCACCGGCCGGUCGAACGGUCCCGUCACCCGCUCUCGCAAGGCAUAAACGCCACGGAGUGGGUAGAACGUUGGCUCGUGUGGCUCACCUUACCCAGUCACACCUCUUGGCAGGAAUAGUGACAGGAGCACAGCAUAAUCCUAAUCUAAACGUUCCCCGAGGCCAUCUGCUACUCUGUCGGUGGCCCUCGGAAGCUUUGCUCAAAGGGUGCGAAGACCACGAAGAGCACCACUUCUUUUUCUUUCUUCACUUCGGUUUCUCUUCUGGUGACUACAUAUUUUAUAUUGUUUAAUGAACGAACCUUACGAUACUGGUCGCUUUCUGUCUCGCGACCAGGGCAUGCACGGCGCUAUUGUGACAGUGAGGAUAAACGCUUUGGUGGAAGAUGGUGGUGAUCUUUUUUACCUUCUUUUAGGAAGGCUGUUCGAGUCGACGGCUUCCUAGCCUGUAUUUUUUUUUUUUUUUUUUUUUUUUUUUUUUUUUUUUUUUUUUUUUUUUUUCUUCUUUGUUUUUUUUUU